AUGGAGCAAAACCAGCAGGAUGUUAUAAAAAAGAACUAUUCGACCCUGGUAAAGAAAAUAAGGACCUCCACGGUUGCCAGACAUCUUUAUGACUCUAACAUUAUCACAGACGAAAUGAAGCAACAAAUUGAGACUGAGAAGACCAAUUACGAUCAGAACAGAAAACUACUCAGCAUCAUUCUUCGGAGAGGACAGAAGGCCUUUAGGGGUCUCCGAAUGGCGCUGAUGAAAGCCGGCCAAACAGAUUUAUCCAAGCUUCUCACUGACAGCGAAGAUACCAUGUCCGAGUCCGAUAAGAAAUUAGCUAUGGCCAGAUCCUUAGCUGUAAACACGGCCAAAAAUCAGUAUGCUGAAAGCAAACCAAAGAGUGAUUCUGUAGCACGACAAAUAUCUCAAGAUGAGCGAUGCAGAAUCAAUCUGGAUGGUGAACUUUUCCUCACAGCCGUGUCUUUCAAAGACAGGAUCAAUAUACACAUCCGUCAGUUUACAGCAGCCAACAAUGGUCUGAUACCCACAAAGAAGGGAGUAACAUUUCCAUUACCCAGAUGGUUGAGGUUUGAAUCCAUUCUUCCAGAUAUCCAAAAUCAUCUGCACAACAGAACAGACGAAGAAAUGAAAUGUCAUAUAGGAGGGGGAGUGUACGUCUCGAUUACUCCCGGAUACGGUACA